GAAUGCUGCACUUGCUAUUGGAAUGGGAUAGGGGGGUGCUGUGGUUGCCAUGGGAAUGGAAUGCAGGGAUUUGUUUUACUGUGGCUGCCAUGGGAGCCGGAUGCCAUCUGUCCUGUGAAGCCUGAGACCUGCAGCUGCCCAGCCAAUCAUGGAGCUUCACAUCCUCCUUUGUUUCAGCAACAUCAUUUACCUGAGCUCACUGGUCAUCUUCAUCUUCUUCCUGUUCAGCUGGCUGGCUCUGCACAGCACUCUACUGGUCCCCAGUGUCACCACCAUCAUCUUCUUCCUGGUUCUCAUCAGCUUGGUCCUGCUCAGUGCAGACAAUGUGGAGCUCCUCCAGCUAGCGAUGGCCCGUGAGGACAGGCUGAAGCUCUGCAGCACAGUGAGAGGGCGCUGCCCAUCUGGGUGCCACCAUCGCAGUCAGCCUCUCUUCCUCUGCUACCCUGACUGCAACUGCUCCGUGGAGCUGAAGGAACACGUCAGCUCCUACAUCUGCUGCGCCUGCUUCUUCAAGAUGGUCACUGCAGGCUAUGUCACGAUGGUCCUGCUGUCCUGCCUCAUCUACCCAGUGCUUGUCCCCAAGUGGUCCAUCAUCACAGCGAUGAUCUGCAUCAUCAUGAUGACCCUCCUUGCCACUGUCUACUUCAGCCUGAUUGAACCCUGUGUCCUCCAAGCACAGAACAUCACAAGGUGCCAGGCUGCUGCCAUGGCUGAAAGCUGGAAAGACAGGAAGGAGCCAAAAGCAGAGCCUGAAGUCAUGGCGGACAGUGAGGGGGUUGAGGAGUGA